AUGUGCUGGUAUGGACGUCACUCUUCUGAACCGGCUAUUCUGCGAAACAGAUCAUCGCGGUGGAGUGGUCGUCCAAAGAAGGCCCAGAGAGUCGGGUUUCGUCUGCUCAACCAAGAUGGGGAUCCAUCUUUUCCGGAGUCAGAUGAUGAAGAUGACCAAGAAGAUGUUAUUCUUCAGACCACAAGACACAAUGGAUUCGUAACGUUGCAGGUUGAUGCGGAACGAGGAAAGAUUACCGACAGGAAAUCUCUUAGUCAACUUGCUAGGGAUUACGAGAACAGUACGCAGUCGAACAUGCAUUCCAAAUCACACCAUGACAAGCUAAAUGGGGAUUUAACGAAAUACGUUGCUUAG